UACGCGAGGGCUUGAUGACGUCAUAACCAAAAAUCAACAUUUGGAGCGAAGGGAAUCCGAUGCGCCUCGAAGCUCUUUUUAAACAGAUCUCCAGUACGAGGGACGGGGGGCAAAAUCAGCAAGUUACGACAGCAAACAAAUACAAAAUAAAGACUGUGGGGGCAAGUGCUAUUUAGCGAGCAGCACCUUCGAAGGCCGGCACGGCACACCAGGGGGUGGGUGGAGCAACAACCACGCCCGGCCGCCUUUGUCUCCCCAGUGCCGAUGUUUACGCACCGCACCAGGGGAGGCCCCGGGAAUCGAAACCGGGUCGCCAGGUUCGUUGCGCAGCGUAGCGUAGCGUGGCAAUAACCGCUGCAAAUACACACGCACACAAAACUUACAGGGGGUGCAAAAAUUAGAGAAAAUUACAAGCAAGUCCUCACUCAACGUGGAUGGCAAAAGAGCUUCGCGGCUCAUCGGAUUUCCUGCGGUUAUCCUUGACGCGAGUGUCCUCACCCAACGUGGCCGCUGCCGCUUCUGCUUCCGCUGGGUCGAGCGGCCUCGGCUCCGCCCUCGGCGUUCGUCGCAUCGCGAGCCGGGUUCGCGAAAAAGCUGCACGCGGAAACCGCUGUCAUUAAAUUUAUUUAAAAAAAAAUUCCCUGGGAAUUUAGAAAGUCGUCGGUGAUUUUUGUUUAUUUUUCUCUUUACAGUUUUUUUUUAAGAUUUAAAGUCGCACACUUUUCCGUCCAAGAUUUCAUUAAGCGCCGAGUUGACCUCCAGCGCAGUAGAGAAGAAAUGGAGCCUCCCAACGCCUCCUACAAGGAACUCAAGGAGGCAUUCGUAAGUAACCUCAAUGGCACGAACGUCAGCGAGAUCGCCAUCCUUCUCACCAUCCUCCCUGCGGGAGACCUCUGUCGCGGCCUCCUGGGGCUCUUCUGGGCAGGCUCGGCAAGCGCAGGGGUGGCGUUUGUCCGUGACUUCUUGCUGCUCGUGCUGCCUUACACGCUGAGCACGACGGUGCUGGCGCCGCACAUCAGCACGGUGCUUGUUGUCCUCCUGGCUGCCGCGGUCACGCUGACGGGCCUGCUGCUGCUCUUGUGGCGAUCGCUCAAGUGCCGACGCAAGGCGGAAACAGCCUCCGCAACCGCCGAUGCUGAAAACGUCAGCGACAAAGCCGGCCAGCACCUAUUCCUGUCAGAGGAGGGCCACGUGCGCUGCCUCACCCAGUUCCGCGCCUACACUAACCUGCUGACGAUUGUGUGCAUCCUCGCCGUCGACUUCCGCGCCUUCCCGCGCCGCUUCGCUAAGACGGAGAUACACGGCACGGGCCUCAUGGACCUCGGCGUUGGAACCUUCGUGCUUUCCAAUGCCCUCGUGUCGCCCGAGGCGCGCAACGUGCUGAGUGACAAGCGCGGCGCGCGCAGCGUAACGAAGCAGCUCCUGGCAGUGUGGCCGCUGCUGCUGCUGGGGCUGGUGAGGCUGGCGAGCAUCAAGGGCAUGGAUUACCAGGAGCACGUCACCGAGUACGGCCUCCACUGGAACUUCUUCUUCACCCUCGCGUUCGUGCGGGUGAUGUCGGUGCUGGUGAGCGCGUGCGGUGUACGGCGCUACUGGGUGGCAGCAGUGCUGCUGGCCGUCUCGUACGAGCUGGCGCUGCACAACCUGGGCCUCAAGUCGCUUGUGCUGCUGGGCUGGGACGGGAGGGGCGGGCGCAACGACCUGCUGAGCGCCAACCGCGAGGGUAUCGCGUCCGUGUGUGGAUACCUGGCGCUGUACAUCUCCGGCGUGCACAUCGGAAGCUACCUGCACCGUGUCAGCCACUCGUGCCUGGGCCUGAGAGACUGUGUGCUCGUGGUGCUCACGAUGUUGUCCGGCGUCACGAUGCUGUGGGUCGCGCUGCUCUUCUGCCGGAGCGGAGUGGACAACGUCUCGCGCCGACUCGCCAAUCUCGCCUUCGUGCUCUGGUCGCUGGCCCAGAGCAUCCUCUUCAUCUCCACCGCCAUGCUCUUCGACCUCCUGCUCGUGGGCGUGACGCGACUGGUCGGAGGUGGUCACGCGGCGAGCGUCCCGCAAGUCGACGACGGGAUGCCAGUGCACAAAGACUCCCGCGAGCUGGCGCGCCGGACUGGCUGGUCGGAUGUGGCGGGGGCGGAAACAGCGGGCGGCACCAGCGGAAAGGUCGCGGGCGGCGCCGACGGCGGAGGGAAAUUGUCGACCCCACCACCGCCGAAGCACUGCCUGCUGGCAGCCAUCAACCGCAACCAGCUGUUCUUCUUCCUCAUCUGUAACCUGUGCACGGGCCUGGUGAACGUGUGCACCGACACGCUGGCGGCGUCCGACUUGAAAGCCACCAUGACAAUGACGCUCUACCUGCUGACAGUGACGCUUAUCACGUUCGUGCUGCACCUGCGCCAGGUCACGCUCAAGUGCUGGUGAUGAGUGGCGCUGCAGUCACGGGGGUGGCCGGGUGGGCCGGGAGGUUGCGGGUCGUAGAGAGAAAUGCUGGGCCAGUACCACUGACGAUGCGGGUUGUGAUUAUGUAGCUAGGUUCUCUCAAGCGCAGAGAGUUGAUGGCCUCUGGCUCAAUGGCCAAUGAAUGCGCACAAAAAAAGCUACGAACGUAAGUUUUGGUUUUAGCUUAAUUUGGCUAAAUUCCAGCUCUGAAUUUCGAAUCGUGUUCGAAUUGGGGUUGCUUGGGUAUUGGUGGCAGGGUCGCUCAGAGGUCAUAGACGAUGAGAUGGUAGCAUUGACUUCCUGGGUUUUGAGUCCGGGUUUCUCACCCGCCUACUACCCCGACUAUUUGCAAAACAUUAACUUAAAGUUGAAUUUUCCACUUCAUUUGGCAAAAAUUUCAGCUCUUAGAAUUUCAAAAAAUCCCAUUGACCACCGCACGCCUAAGUUUCCAUCCCAGCAGGCACUGAUAAUUAAACUGGGCAUGUUUAUGCUCUCAGCAUGGUCAUCAAUGACUACAAAUAAAUAUCACUUUAACGUUGGUUUGUAACUUAAAUUGUAUACAUUUCGAGUUGACAUCCAUCUGAUGAACAUUUCUUAGGUGGGCAUGUGGGAAAGUGUGCUGUUUAUUGUGUGGCUACAAGAGGUAACUUUGACAGGAACUCGGAAGUAGUUCUGCAAUAUCUGCAUUCGCGGGCCGUUCCAUAGCAUGGGGGUGAUGCACUACUCUGUAAGUUCUGAUGGGAAUUUCAUCUCAUAACCAGAUGGAAAUAGCACAAUUGUAAGCAAAAUUGGGAAA